UCUGAGACUCAGUUUGUUGCAGGUGAGAGAACUUGUCUUGGAUGGAGGUGGACAGCAUUGAGCCAGUACUGCAGCCUACUUCACACACGACAACCUUCCUCUCUAGGCUCUGCCAUGCGCCAGUUAGUCUCGGAUCCACGCCGCGCUUUACAAGCUACACGUAGUUGGUACAAAUCGUUUUCAAAUUUUGUGUCUGAAAAUGAUUAGUACCAGCUAGCUACCAUCAAGAACACAAACUGGAGGCCGGCCCCACCACGCAGCAAAAGACCACCCAGGAGAAUCCAGCUGUCAGAAGAGGAGAGAGAUGUGCUGCUUCAGUGUCGAAGGAACUCCAUUGCCAAAGAUAGACUAUAAUAGCUAAACUAUUCCAGCAUGAUGGACUGUCCUGUGUGCAGGUCUACCACUCGGUGUGGGUGCUCUGCUCAUGUUGAGAUGGUUUGUACAUCAAGGUCGUGUUCCAAGUCAUGUGACUCCUCGAGAUGGAUAUAGGAGAGGUGGUCGACAAGCCGUGGAGACUACCACGUGCUGAUAUUACUGAUUACUUCAACUAUGGCUUCACUGAGGAAACGUGGCGAUUAUAUUGUGACAAACAGCGUAAAAUGAAAACUGAAGUUGGAAACCUCAACAAAAUAGCCGUCCAGAAUAAUCGACCCCUGGUGACCUCUGAGGCUACGGUAUACCCUUCAUUGAUGUCCAAGCUUCCGCUUCCUCUUCCUCUGCCUCCUGGCCAGCCCCACGUUGUGUCUGCUCCCAUCUCCCACACAUCCAUUGCAGCUGCUGCCACCGCUCAACGUGGCAAAACACCCGACGCUGACGGUGGCGGAGGUGAAUCAGAUGGCAGGGCUACUCCAGAGCUACCGACACAGAGCAAUACCAUCAUCAACAUGCCUCUGAAACCAUCACUCAUGCCACCCCCAAUGCUACCAUCAUCAUCGCUAGGCAACCUCCCGCCCCCUCCAUUUAGAUUCCCCCCUCCCUUCCACGGAGCCCCGCCCACUGGAGACCAUAACCUGGCCGCAGCAAUGGCCGCCAUGUUUGGAGUGAGACCACCAGACGGCAGUGGUCUACCCAACCUCCCGCCCCCUCAACACGGGUUUCCUCCUAUGCCCCCUCCAGGCAUGGGCAUGGGAAUGGGGGGCAUGCCUGAUGGAAUGCAUCCUCCCUUCCCGGGAAUGCCAUUUCCACCGCCAGGGGAUCAUGGUCCAAUGUCAUUUGAUGAGAGGGGCUUACCCCCCAUGCCCCCUGACAUGCUACACGGUGCCCCCUUUCAUUGGGACCCGGCCAUGGGACCACCUCCCCCUGAGCUCUUUGAGGGAUUCCGCCCACGCAGUAGGUCCCCAUCUCGAUCCACUUCGUCCCGUUCUCGUAGCUCAUCGUACGAGCGCUACAAGAAGAGUUCCUCCCGGAGACACCGCAGGAGGUCCAGGUCGCGCUCACGAGAUCGUGAACGCAGCAGUCACAGCAGUCGUCAUCACCGUGAGCACCAUCGAAGUGACAGGCACGACCGUGACAAAGAACGAGAAAAGCAGAAGAGCAGCAGACGAGAGCACCAGGAAGAUCGUUCAAGACACGAGCGGUCGAGUCGUCGCCACCGCAGUACAAGCAGGAGCAAGGACAAUGAGAGAAGCAGCCGCAAAGAGAAGACCAAAGCCACUACUGAUGCUGACACAACCAGAGACUCUCGCUCUAGAUCAAGAACUCCUUCCUAGAACUCUAAGACUAAUGUUCUCUCUAGCUAUACCCUCAGUCAGUGUGUGGUCUCACUAUAGAGACACCUUGCUGUGUCUGCUCUAAUGUGCUAUGUCUGUGUGUGUGUCUGUGUUUUUGCACUCUUUAUUCACCUUUUCUUAUGAGGACUGGGACAUUAACGUUUUGCUCACACGCCAUUGAUAUCUACGUAUAAAAAGUUAUCUCUUGUUGAA